UUUUACUAUGGCGCUGUCAAAUCCAAAUCGGCGUCCUGUCAAAAGUGUCAAACGAUAGAAAGCGCCGUCGUAAACUUGAAAACUGUUAAUUGUUAUUGUUUUAUACUCACUUUCACUAUAAACCGUCGGUUUUCUCAUUGCUUGUUCUUCAAUAAACGUGUGGUGAAUAUUUCAGGGACUGACGAUUUGAAGAUACUAUGAAGUUCAAGUUCUGCUCGGAAGGCGACUGCCCGCUGUGGGCGCUGGCAGCGCUGCACGCGCUGUCCAGCUUGCCAGCGGCUUUGUUCCGCACGCUGCUGCAGCAUGUCAUGGAGGAACAGCCGGUGAGUGAUAGUCACAAGUUCUGCUCGGAAGGCGACUGCCCGCUGUGGGCGCUGGCAGCGCUGCACGCGCUGUCCAGCUUGCCAGCGGCUUUGUUCCGCACGCUGCUGCAGCAUGUCAUGGAGGAACAGCCGGUGAGUGAUAGUCACAAGUUCUGCUCGGAAGGCGACUGCCCGCUGUGGGCGCUGGCAGCGCUGCACGCGCUGUCCAGCUUGCCAGCGGCUUUGUUCCGCACGCUGCUGCAGCAUGUCAUGGAGGAACAGCCGGACGAUGGCAUCAUGGAGAUUCUGAAAGAUACAAGUUUAUCUUCCCGCGACGAAUGCGCGCGCGCCGCUGCCGUCAUCCGCUGGGUGGUAGCACAGACCUGCGCCUGCGCGUGCACGGGCGCGCAACUCAUGCGAGAUCUCCUCGUGUUGGGAGUGCCGAGGAGUCAUGCAAGUGCUUUAGCUGAUGCCGUGGAUAACUAUAGGCCGGAGCAUGCGGCUCAUGUGCAGGCUAAUGGGUUUAUGAUAAACAAACUGACAGACGUGUCAGUGGCCCCGGGACCUGAAGGUACAGUGGACACCUUUACCUUGACGAUGCACAGCGAUGACGUAUUCACCGGAGAACAGAAGAAGAAAGAACUCCUCAUUGAGAAGAGCCAAGCACAGACCCUUCUGGAAGAACUCAAGAAGGCUUACAAGAAGAUGGAAGAAAUUGAAGAAUAGGGCCUCAAUGUUGGUAGGAUUUUUUUGCUACCAUGUGUAGUAAAUGUGUUGAUGUGGACGCGAAAUUAAUGUUGGAUGCCAAACAAAUUAUAAUGCCAUAAUAUACUUUAUAUGUUUUAUAGUUGUUUAGUAAAAAUCCUAGUUUUAUACUUAUUUACCAGCACUUUUUUAAGAGUCAUAAAAAUACAAAUUAGGUACACAAUCCCUUGCUUUUUGUAUUUUAAUGAGCUCUACUCUUUACUUUUUUCAACAUUCCAUGUUUAAGGCUACUU